AUCGUUCAUGACUAUCAAUAAAUGAAAGAAACGAAUUGAUUUUGCUUUAUAUCAAAAAUUAUUUACGCUACGAAACAUUUUGAUAUUCAUACUGUGAUAAAAUUGUGUCUUUGUUAAAUAAUCAUAUAUAUUAAUACUUAUUCUAAGUGUGAAUUUGUCAUUUCUACUGUAUUAAUUUAUUAAUGAUAUUUAAAUUUUAAUAUAUCAAUCAAGAAUAAUGGGUAUUGGCCUCAAACCAUUAGAAUUCACGGAUUGCUUAACCGAUAGUCCUUAUUUUCGAGAAAAUCUUCAUUAUCAUGAACGUGAAUUGGAGAAAACUAGCCAACAAAUUAAACGACUUAUUAAAGAGGUCAAAGAUCUUUUAAUAGCUGCCAAAAGUAAAAUUAUCCAGAGCUCAAAGAGCAUUUUCAAAAACAUUGCAAAAUUUUAGUUUUGAAUGUAUAGGAGAAACUCAAACUGAAGAUGAAACUCACAUAUCACAAAGCCUUAAAGAGUUUGGUAAACUUAUUGCAUCAAUAGAAGAUGAAAGAGACCGCAUGCUUGAACGUGCUUAUGAUCAAAUUAUACUUCCUUUGGAAAAUUUUAGGAAAGAACAUAUUGGAGGUGUUAAGGACGGAAAAAAAAAGUUUGAAAAGCAAACAAUUAAAUUUUGUCAAAGUCAAGAACGUUAUUUAAACUUGUCUACAAAAAAACAAGACAAUGUUCUUCAAGAGGCUGAUGCAACAUUGGAAAUGGCUGAAAGACAUUUUUGUCAAGCUAGUUUAGAAUAUGUAUUUUUGCUUCAAGAAGUACAAGAACGUAAAAAAUUUGAAUUUGUUGAAACUUUAUUAGGUUUUAUGUUUGGUUGGUUAACUUUUUAUCAUCAAGGACAUGAAGUUGCAAAAGAUUUCAAACCUUAUAUGACUGAAUUACAAUUAAAAAUACAGAAGACUAGAGAAAAUUUCCUUGCUACCCGGGAUAAAACAGAAUCACUUAUGAAUAAAAUGAAGGAUAUGAAAAAGUCUGCUGUUGAAACUGGAGUCAAUAAAUUAUUUACACGUGAAGGUUAUUUAUUUCUAAUGGAAAAAAAAGCAUUUGGUACAACAUGGACAAAACAUUAUUGUACUUAUCAAAAAGACAAAAAGGAAUUUAUAAUGAUACCUUAUAAUCAACUUACAGGAAAAUUCAGUAGUAAAGAAGUAUUAACAUUGGCAUCUUGUGUACGUCGUAUGUCAGAUACAAUUGAGAAACGAUUUUGUUUCGAUAUCACUACUGUUGAUAAGCAUAAUGUAGUAUAUACAUUCCAAGCACUUUCUGAAGAAGAUAGAAAGCUAUGGCUUGAUGCUAUGGAUGGUAAAGAACCAAAUUAUCCUAUAGUAAGUGCAUCAACAAAAUCUGAAGAAACUAUUUUAGAUGAAACAGGUUUUAUGUUUGUAUCAAAAUGCAUUGCAAUACUCGAGGAAAGAGGCCUUGAAGUGCAAGGUUUAUAUAGAGUUGUUGGUGUUGCUUCCAAAGUAAAUAAACUUUUAGCAAUGGGAUUAGAUAGAAGGAAACUAGAAAAACUUAAUCUGGAUAAUCGUUUGGAAUGGGAAAGUAAAACUAUUACUAGUGCAUUAAAAACAUAUUUAAGGACACUAUCUGAACCGUUAAUGACUUUCCGAUAUUAUAAUAGUUUUAUUUCAGCUGCGAAACAAGAAAUCAAAGAAGCACGUAUCAAUGAUAUUCAUAAUCUUGUUUAUCGGCUUCCAAAAGCAAAUUUUAAUAUGUUAGUUCUACUUAUUAAACAUUUAUAUAGUGUGGCAAAGAAAAGUGAUAAAAAUUUAAUGACUAUUGGAAAUUUGGCAGUAUGUUUCGGCCCGUCUUUAUUGCGACCAGAAGAGGAAACAGUAGCUUCUAUAAUGGAUAUUAAAUUUUACAAUAUUGUAGUUGAAAUUUUAAUUGAAAAUUGUGAGAGAAUAGUUGCUGGUCCACCACAGGAUACUGUAUGUAAUAUAUCGUCAACACAAAAUGCCAUUUCUUCUAGAUCACGCACAGAAGAUGCAUCAACAUCUUGUGGUAAUGGUACUCCUUUUUUAAGGUACCCAAUACACUCUAAUAUAUCUUCACCACAUGGUCAUCUUGUUACGAGAUCAUACUAUGAUAGUCCAUUAACAUCUAUUGAUGAUUUAAAACUUGGAGAUUAUGAGGAAACAGAGCACAUGAAUCAUAGAAUGCUAACAUAUUUAAGUCGAAGUGGACGAGUUAAUGCGAAUCUUAUGUAUUCUGCAGAUAAAGUAUUAACCAGUGGUAAUACAAGUAGUUCAAGUGAAUCAAUUGCUUCGGACCCGCAUUCAUUUUCAUCUGAUUUACCAGUAAAACAAAAACGUAGUUCUAUGAUGUCAGUUCAUUAUCCAUCAAGUUACGCUCAACGAAGUAAUCCAUCAGUAUCUGUAGUUAAUACCUCGCCUACUAGUGGACGUUCAAGCCCUGGACAAGUACCUGGUAUUUGGAGAGUUCGCACUUUGUAUGCUUGUGUAGCUGAAAGCGAUGGAGAAUUAUCAUUUGAACCAAAUCAAAUUAUUACUAAUGUAAAGGCCUCUUUGGAACCAGGAUGGUUAGAAGGGACAUUAAAUGGUAAAACAGGAUUAGUCCCAAAGAAUUAUGUAGAACAAUUGCCUUGAAUUUGGAAAAGCCAAAGAGUGCCUAUAUUGUUUUUAUAUUUUAUAAAUUGUAGAAUAUUUAGUAUUAUUGUUUAUUGGAACAUAUGUUUGCGAAAAUAAGAAUUACUGUAAUGAUGUGUAUGCAA